CCUGUCUUACUUACGGAAGUUAGGCUGGGGAUAUCGUUUAAACCUAAACAUGGCGACCGACAAAAGAUGGAUGUUUACUUGUGUUUUGGUCAUUUUUAUAUUCAUUACAGAAAGCUACUGCAGGCUACACCAUCUCGUACUUAAGGAUGACGUCCGACGGAAGGUGCAUUUGAACACCUUCGGGUUCUACAAGGAUGGUUACAUGGCCGUGAAUAUGAGUCGGCUGUCCCUGAGUGACAGUCCUGGAAAUAUCGACAGCUCUACGAUUGGAUUCAGUCUUGAUAGGACCAGCAGUAAUGGAUUCUCAACCUAUUUGGAUGAAGAGAUUGACUACUGCAUUCUAAAGAAGCUGCCCAGCAGUGACGUGGCUGUUGCCCUGCUGCUAAUCGACUUCCGUAACAAUGUAGUGAGGAUGAAAACCUCAGCUGAGGAGAACCUUUUCCCCAACAUCCUUUCGGGCUUGACCAAGCCCCUCCAGGGCCCCCUGGACACAAAGGGCAAGGGUCCGCAGACGGGGGACGAGAACAAACCGGGAUCUGUAACCGAACCUAAACCUGAACCCGAAACCAAACCUCAGCCCACGGCCAAAGCAAAAGAUGCAGCUGGAAGUAAAUCCAAACGAGAUGCUUCCGAGGCAAGUAAGUCUGAGGUGUCUUACCCUCUGCAGAAUAGGGAUGGAGUCUACUCCUUCCAGUUUUACUUUAACGUCAGCACGGAUGACCAGCAGGGCCUCUACAACCUGUACUUUCACAACUGCUACAGCAAGGAGCCUCCGACCAGCGCAAUGCUCCGCUUCAGCAUCGAAAUCAACAUCGAGGAGAAGAACCCAGACAGCUUCCUGUCGGCCGGGGAGAUCCCGCUGCCCAAGCUGUACAUCAUCAUGUCCGUCUUCUUCUUCCUCAUCGGCACGAUCUGGGUACACGUCCUCCGCACGCACAGAGCUGACGUGUAUAAGAUCCACUGGCUUAUGGCCGCUCUUCCCUUCACCAAGUCUCUGUCCCUGGUGUUCCACGCUAUUGACUACUACUACAUAUCCAAUCAGGGCUUUCCCAUAGAGGGCUGGGCCGUGGUGUAUUACAUCACCCACCUCCUGAAGGGGGCGCUGCUGUUCAUCACCAUCGCCCUGAUCGGGACAGGGUGGGCCUUCGUCAAGCACAUCCUGUCCGACAAGGACAAGAAGAUCUUCAUGAUCGUCAUUCCCCUGCAGGUCCUGGCCAACGUGGCCUACAUCAUCAUCGAGUCUACGGAGGAGGGCACCACCGAGUACGGGCUCUGGAAGGAGGUGCUGUUCCUGGUGGACCUCCUCUGCUGUGGAGCCAUCCUGUUCCCUGUGGUCUGGUCCAUCAGACACCUGCAGGAGGCCUCUGCUACAGAUGGGAAAGCCAUUAACCUGGCUCAACUCAAGCUCUUCAGACACUACUAUGUGAUGAUUGUGUGCUAUAUAUAUUUCACCCGCAUCAUUGCUAUCCUGAUAAAGUUCAUUGUUCCCUUCCAGUGGAAGUGGCUCUACCAGCUUUUGGAUGAGUUGGCCACGCUCGCAUUCUUCUUCCUGACGGGACACAAGUUCCGGCCCGCCUCCUACAACCCGUACCUGCUCCUGUCCGUGGAGGACGACGAGGACCUGGAGAUGGAAGAUGUAGUGACCACGUCGGUGGGCGUGACGGAGGGGGUGAAGAAGGUGAAGAAGGUCUCAAACGGGCCUUCAGGCGAGCGACAGACCGUGGCGUGAGGUAGCGGGACCCCUCUGGACUGAACUUCAACAGCCACAAAUACAUUUUUCAGCUGGGGGCUUCACAUACGCCGAGACCGCUUAUCCAGUGCUAACCCCCCCCCCCCCCCACACACACACACACACGCAUACACCGGUACCCCCACCCCAGAAGAAAGUAGCUGGGUCAUCUUCCUGAUGUCUGUAUGGCCGCAUAUAUGUACACAAGGACCUCCUUCCUUUCUCGGGUUUUCUUCCGUAAUUUAUUAAAAUGCUUGGUUUUUAGAAGAGCAGUUGGACUGGACUGUUUUUUUGGGGUUUUUUUCCCAUAUAAAUGUAUUUCAGAUUCUCUCCGGAUUGGUUAACCACCAUGCAUCUCUUCUAUUUCCAGAUACACUCCAGUAACCAAUAAGAAUGCAAUCGGACACUUUAUCUUUUAGCUCCGGCCUUGCUGCCAAUGCUUCAUCUGAAACUGCCAUCAACUUUCUAUGCGAAAAGUCAAUGCACUGGAGACUUCAUUUUAAAUUACUACUAUUGGUGUAAUGUCAAAAAAGAAAAAGCGUGACUCAUUUGUUCCCUGCUGGCUGGUCUCUGUAGUUGACAGUGUUUUUGGCACCGGCAGCUGCUGCUGCGCUAAGUGUCAGGAGCCGCGACCCUGAGCUAGACGACCUCCUGGAACCAGACAUGGCAGCGUUUCAGGGACACGCCCAACUACUCUCAAACUGGAGGAAUGCUGGUACUAACGACCGUGUGGUCAAAUUGUGAAUACGAAUCAGCCUGCUGAGAAAUGCAGCGAUUCAAGCGCGCUGUUGAUUUGAGUAAAACUGGGUCUGCUGUUUGGCUGGUCCAUCGUGCUGACCUUUGACCUACCUACGGCAUGGGAGCUUUGAUGGUGUGCGGGUCCCCUCUUGUGGCAGACGGUCAUAUUGCAAAUAAAAGAUUACCUUGUGCGUGCAUGUGACGGUACAAAGCAAAAUCAUAAUCCCUAUUUAACUGAAAUUAGUUAUUUACAAUGGUGUUCUGCCAGUCUCUGGUAUGGGAUUUCUUGUGUUUAGUGUCCUCUGUUUAGUUUUUUUUUUUUUUUUUUUUAAACCUUGUUCUACCUUAUUUUUCUUUAGUUUAUUAUUUUAAGGCUUGCAUUUGUAAAUAACAAUGCUUUUGUUUUGUUGAUUUAAAAAUAAAUGCUGCAACGAACAUUGAAAUGUGUAAAUUGUAAAGAGACGCGCCGUGAUCUUGUGAAUGUUUGGACUUCAUAAAGAAGACUUGUGGAAA